AUGUCGAAGUGUCUCCCCAGCUAUUGUGGCGAGCUGUGCGAGGUGCUGCGACUCCAGGCCGGCAGGGGGCGCGAUACAGGUAGGCCGGCGGGGUGUGCUGCGGCUCCAGGCCGGCAGGGGGCGCGGUGCGGGGAGGCCAGCGGGGUACUGCACCUCCAGGCCGGCAGGGGGCGCGGUGCGGGGAGGCCAGCGGGGUGUGCUGCGGCUCCAGGCCGGCAGGGGACGCGGUGCGGGGAGGCUGGCGGGGUACUGCACCUCCAGGACGGCAGGGGACGCUGUACAGGGAGGCCAGCGCGAUGUGCUGCGGCUCCAGGCCGGCAGGGGGCGCGGUACGGGGAGGCCGGCGGGGCUGUGCUGCGCCUCCAGGCCGGCAGGGGGCACGGUGUGGGGAGGCCGGCGGGGUACUGCGCCUCCAGGCCGGCAGGGGGCGCGCUGCGGGGAGGCCGGCGGGGUACUGCGCCUCCUGGCCGGCAGGGGGCGCGGUGCGGGGAGGCCGGCGGCGGGGCGGGAUCUGGGCUCCUCUCCGGAAGGCGGAUGUUGUCGUUCACUUUGUGUCUCCGGCUGAAGAUGGCCGCGGUGUUGGGCGAAGCGGCGACGCUGAACUCGCUGCCCGAGAACGUGCUGGUGGAGAUCCUGAGCUACCUGUCCACCCGCGACCUGCUGCGGAUCAGCAGAGUUUGCAAAAGAUGGAGAAGAUUGGCUUAUGACAAAGGCCUCUGGAAAGAUGUCAAUUUAACCCCAUACAAGGUAAACUCACGGAUCCUCUGGCACCUUGUCAGACAUUACCUGGGUGGGACUUUGAGGACCCUGAGAGUCAAGGGUGUCCUCCAUUCUGUCAAGAAGCAUGAGUCGCUGACCGAAGCCUUGCUGCUGGAGAUCGGGAAACGCUGUCCAAACCUGACUGAGCUCCGGCUCAUUGAGAUGAACCUGCGGGGCAUCAAUUAUGAAUGCCUGCCCCCUUCAUUGCUCAGCCUGGAGCUGACGCACUGCGAGAUUCCCCUGCAUUGGUUCAGGGCCGCGGCUGCUGCCAACGGGACCCGUGUGCCGCCUCGCAUCAAGAACCUGGAGGUGGAUAAUGUCCCCAACUUCUCAGACCAGCAUCUGCAGAACCUCGCAUCCCGUACAGCGCUGAAAGUGCUGAUCCUUUCUGGCACGUAUAGAGUCACCGACUCCGGCAUUGAGAAGUCGGCCGAGUGUCUCUCCGAGUUGGUCCACCUCAAGCUCCACGGCUGCAACAUCUCCGACGAGUCACUGCGCCAUAUCGCUCGGCAUCUGACGCAGCUCCGCACUUUGGACCUCACGAACUUCUGUUCCAUGACCGACGCGGGCCUGGCCUGUCUCGGUGACCUGCGCUCGCUGCAGUCCCUGUGCUUCGAGUACUGCGACCAGAUCACCGUCGAGAAGCUCUUGGCCGUCUGCACUGGUCUUCCAUCGCUGGCAAAACUCAACCUGAACGGGAACCCCUACUCCGAGGGGGACCUGCAGAGAAUCCGGCAGAGCUUGCCGAACUGCACCGUCACCAACGAUUUCCCUGCCAUGGAUUCUGUGCCUAAGUUUUAACCAUGGGUUGUUUUUACCCUGGUAGUGCUUUGGCUUCGCCAGGAGGAUUGGGAGCUUGCCAACUGCACUACAUAACCUGGGCUGUCCUUUAUUCCCUUGCAUGGAUUUCGUGCGGUUGGUCAGGUCCCCGAAAGCAUAGUAUUUGAAUUGACAGAAGCUCGCUGCAGAACCCCACAAUCCCCCUAUCUGGUAAACACGUGGUAUCAGUGGUACCUCUGUCGUGUGGGGGAGAGCGAGUACCUGAAAUGACUAACAACUGGGUUCAAUUUGGAGUGUGUUCAGACGAGGCGGAUACAGACUGCCGAACAGAGGCAAAAUAGGAAGUCAUGUGGUUGCUGACAUUGGAUGGGUCGAAUCUGGUGCUCACUGAUGCUCUGUCUUUGGAUUGUGUGUGCCAAUAGUUUUGAGUUGGUGGGACUGCAGAAAUCUGUACACAGCUGAGUAAAUAAAUUACAAGGAGGAAAAGCAUCGAGAUAGAAGUCAAACUGAAAUACACUGCAAGAUCAGCAGCAGCCAAAUGCACAAACCUUGGACUGCUGUGCUGGACAGUGGAGUGUGGCUAACCAAAUGGUUCACUGGAUGCUGACAGCCUACGAAGAAUAUUUAAAUUGUUCGGUAAACAUCACACCAUUCAGCUUGGUAAUUUUAUUGGAGAGCUUUGUUUGUUCAUUCUGAAAAUAAAGUUUAUCAUUUGUAACAAUUUACAUAUCUCUCUAUUUCCUGAUAACUGGUGUCCCUUUUGACCAAGUUUGUUGGCCGGUUGUGGUUAUCAGUGAGAAGAGUUUCAGAAAUGUUUCUUUACAUUGAGGGUAAUUGGUGGGUAGGAUGGUUUGUUACAGGGAGUGAUCGAAGCAAAGUCAAUUACAUGUUUUAAGAUAAAGUUGAAUAUUUAAAGAGGAGAGAGAGUGGGAUUGGCUCUUCCCUCUAUGUAAGGCGUGCCCAUAGGUUCCCCACAGACAUGGGGUGAGUUUCUGUGUUCUAAGCAUUGAUGUGCAGCUCCAUCUCCCGGCCCCUCUCUGUGCCUUAAAUCACUUCUGUGCUACCUGCAUGUCACGACUGGAUGGCAAAGCUUGUUUUCUUGGUAUUGAGAAGGCAGAACCCACUCUUUCUGGUGGCCACCCUCAUGCUCUGCUGUUUAGUUACUGGCGCCACUCCCCUCCCGCUGAGUCAGAAAUGGGCUCAUACUGUCCAGAAACUGAUACUAACCAGAAAUGCAAGUCCUGUUUAUUCCAUGUGUCCUCAUUGAUCUAACUCCCUUAUUCCCCACAGUAUUCACUGUAAAACCAAACACCAUCAGCUUCCAUUCCUCCACCACCCCUAGUUCUGCAACCGUCUCUAACCUGUCCUUCCCACAUGUUUCAAUCCCAGUUCUGCCCUUCCCCUUUUUCCUAACCCCCUCCCUCACCCCUAAACCAAUUACCACCAGUUGGGGCAGAGCCGUGUCUAAGCUGCAGACCUCUUAUCUCUCCUCCUUUGGCUUGUUUCUCUCACACCUGAGAACAAAAGAGGACUUUAAUGUUUCGACACCCCUCUCCUUGCUCAUCACUCUCUCAACUGAAAUAAAACAAAAUCCCAAAACAAGCCAGAUUAGAAAUUGAAUCUUUGAUAGAAAAAAAUUAAUGGAGAGAAAUGAGGGAAGAGGUGAAAAGCCGAAUGAAUUUCCAGGAAUCUGAUGUUGCUUCCUGCCUCUCCAGACCACUGCCAAAAGCAGAGUCUUCACGUUUCUAUUAAUUUAUUUCAACUGAUAUUUCUAUAUUUCUAUUUACUGACUCAAUCUUAACAGUAUUGGGAAGGUUUUGUUUCAAAGACUUUCCAACAUUUCAAACUGUUACAUGACGUUGCUGCAUUUUUUUUUGAUGCAGUUAAAUUUUGUGCUGGUACCUUGGUUUGUGAGUGCUUUACAGUUAUGGAGUUCCUAUGGUCGCCAGUUAGUUUCUAGAGUUGUAAUCUGUCUUGAUAAAAGCACCAGAGGAGAAAUAAAGAUUUCAAUAUUAACCUUUGUCCAGCUUUCAUUUAUGUUCAUCAGCCUUGCUAGAAAUCCCACUCCCAGU